UACUUUUACUUCAUAUCACAUCAAACAAUAUUAUAAUCUCUCAAUUAAAAAAAAUGUCAUCCAAUUUAGGAAAAAUUGAUUUUGAAGUUGAGGUGAAAAGUCCAGUAGACAAAUUUUGGAAUGGCAUUAUGGACUCAAUAAAUUUGUUCCCCAAGGCUUCACCUAAUGAAUACAAGAGCAUUGAAGUUGUUGAAGGUGAUGGCAAGUCUGUUGGUUCUGUUCUAUUGAUCAAAUAUACUGAAGGGUUUCCAUUGGUGACAUUCUCAAAAGAGAAAAUAGAGUCAAUUGAUGAGGCAAAUAAAACAUUGGUUUAUUCAGUUAUUGAUGGUGAAACCUUGAAAUACUACAAGAGUUUCAAAGGCAGCCUAACUGUUAUUCCAAAGGGAAAUGGAAGUUUGGUUAAGUGGUGUUGUGAAUUUGAAAGGGCAAAUGAUGAAAUUCCUGAGCCACAAAUUAUUAAAGAAUUUGCUGUCAAGAAUUUCAAGAAUCUUGAUGCUUAUCUCAUUGGGGCAUAAAAAGACCUUAUGACAUAUAUGCUAUGUGAUAGAAAUUAAUAAUCUUCACAUAGUAUAUAGUUUUAAUGAAUAAAAUUACUUGCAAGAAUGUGAGUAGCUACUUUACUUUUCUAGUCAUGUAAGUGUAACAAAAACUUGAAUAAAUAAAACUAUAAUGGGGUUAAAGACCUUAUUACUAUAUA